AUGGCGCUCAUAGCGCUCGUGUUGUGGGCGGCGGCCGCGGCCGUGCUGCUGGCGGUGGCGCGCUUCUACCGCCGCGUCUGGAGGAUGCACCGCCUGGCCGCCGACAUCCCCGGUCCCGCCACCUUCCCGUUCAUCGGCAACGGGCUGUACCUGCUGGUGCCCCUGGACGCCAUGUACCAGUUCGUGGGGUCGCUAUGCGCGGAGUACGGCUACCUCUUCAGAGUCUGGUUCGGCCCCUACCUGACCAUCGCCAUCAUGGACCCGGAGGACCUGCAGGUGGUGCUCACGAGCCCGGCCCUGGCCAGCAAGCCCGACGAGUUCUACGACGGCGUGAACCGCGUCCUGGGCAAGGGGCUCAUCACGCUCAACGGCGGCGACUACAAGCGCCACCGCAAGGCCAUCACCGCCUCCAUGCACUUGGACAUCCUGCAGGACUUCGUCGCCAUGUUCAGCGUUAACUGCCGUGAGCUGGAGACCCGCCUGGACCCGCUGGCCAGCACUGGGGAGCCCUUCGACGUGGCGCACCAGCUGGGCCUCAACGCCAGCCUCACCGUCUGCCAGACCGUGCUGGCCGCCGAUGCCCCGGGCCUGGAGGCCGAGCGCGACGCCUACGUCGAGAUCGUCCACGACGCCAGCAAGAUGAUGCUGUACCGGUGCCUCAGGCCCUGGUUCCGCUGCAGGACCCUGUUCAAGCUGUCUUCGGAGUACGACCGGUUCAACCUCGUGGUAGCGGGUAUGACAAACUUCGCGUACAGAGUUCUCACGCAGAAGAUGCAAAAGCAGCAGCACACCACGACCACCUCCUCACUGCACCGCCGCCAGACGUUCCUGGACACGUUCUUGUCGUCGUCCGAGGCGAGCGUGCUUACGCGCGGCGAACUGCUGGACGAGCUCAAGACAUUGCUGUUUGCUGGGGUCGGCACGUCCAUGGACUUUCAGACCCUGUUCAUGCUGUGCAUGUCCUUGAACCAGGGAGUGCAGCGGAAAGUGCAGCAGGAGCUGGACGACGUGUUCGGGUCGGACAGGGACCGCGACAUCCUGGCCACGGACCUGCCCCACAUGAAGUACCUGGAGUGCGCCCUCAAGGAGACACUGCGCUUCUUCCCGCCAGUGCCGGUCUUCGGACGCGUAGUCUCCCAGGACGUAGCGCUGCCGUCGGGCAGGGUCGUCCCCGAGGGGUCCUUGGUGGCCAUGCUACCCAUAUGGACGCACCGCCACCCCAAGUACUUCCCCGACCCGGAGCGGUUCGACCCCGAGCGCUUCACGCCCGAAAACAGCAGAGACCGGCACCCGUUCGCGUUCAUACCGUUCAGCGCGGGGCCCAGGAACUGCAUCGGCCAGCGGUACGCCCUGAUGUUCGCCAAGACGGUGGCGGCCUCGGUGCUGCGCCGCUACGACGUGCUGCCCGACCCCGACGGCCCGCGCCGCCUCGUGGACGUGCCCCUCGUGGGGGGCAUCUCGCUGAGCGUCAAGGGCGGCGUCAAGGUGCGCCUGCGCCGCCGGGGGCUGCACGGCCUCGAGCACGCCGAAGAGCCGCCGGUCUACGGCCUGUGA